GUCUCAGGUCUAAGGUGUAAUGUCUCUGGUCUCUGGUCUCUGGUCUCAGGUCUCUGUUUUCAGGUCUCAGGUCUCAGGUCUCUGGUCUCUGGUCUCAGGUCUAAGGUCUAAGGUCUCAGGUCUCUGGUCUCUGGUCUCAGAUCUCAGGUCUCUGGUCUCUGGUCUCUGGUCUAAGGUCUCAGGUCUCAGGUCUCUGGUCUGUGGUCUCAGGUCUCAGGUCUCUGGUCUGUGGUCUCAGAUCUCAGGUCUCAGGUCUCUGGUCUCUGGUCUAAGGACUAAUGUCUCUGGUCUCUGGUCUCAGGUCUCAGGUCUAAGGUCUCUGGUCUCUGGUCUCUGGUCUCAGGUCUCAGGUCUAAGGUCUCAGGUCUCUGGUCUCUGUUUUCAGGUCUCAGGUCUCUGGUCUCAUGUCUCAGGUCUCAGGUCUCAGGUCUCUGGUCUCUGGUGUCUGGUCUCAGGUGUCUGGUCUCUGUUUUCAGGUCUCAGGUCUCAGGUCUCUGGUCUCUGGUCUCUGUUUUCAGGUCUCAAGUCUCAGGUCUCAGGUCUCAGGUCUCUGGUUUCAGGUCUCAGGUCUCAGGUCUCAGGUAAUCAAAGAAUAACAAAAAGGCCAAAGCGAAGGCUCGCAGUGAGCCGUCACUCCAGCACCUCCCCCUAA